AUGUGGCUCUCUAUCCCGUCAAUAAUCACGCUUUUAUUUCUCGAGUCGGUCGUCGACGCCAGCGCGAUUAAUCGUCUCAUGUUGAGAGAGAGUACACCACCACCAACAAAACAAGUUUUUGAUGGAGAAUCAGCUAUGUUCAAACAACAAGGGCUAUGCCGUUUAUUCGAUAAAAACAUGGAGAAGCGAAAGAGUUCGUUAUCCCUUUGCGACAACGUUUGUGGUGGGGAUCUGUUCUCCCGAUCAGAAAAAGUACAAGGCACAGUCUCCGUGACUUGCAUCAACUUAGGGGGGUUGCCACAAGACAACGAUCUUCAUCCAGAUCCCGAUGGAGAUGAGUACAGAAUGGGGUAUUGCAAGUGCACGUUUCCAGUAAUGGAAUUUGUCGCCGAGGAAUUUGUUGGUGUUAUUCUACCCGCAAUCGGAUCGGCUGCAUGCGCCCUCAUGGCUGGGGCUUUGAAAACGAUCUUUGAGACGGUGCUGGAAGUAGGUGUGAGUUUCAUUCCGGUCAUUGGGCCGGAGGCUUCUAUGGCUUUGAGAGUAUCAGUACAAGCUGCGAAAACGCUCGCAGAGAAUGGAGGAACUGCCCUUAACUUUUUGGACUUUUAUCAGAACCCUUGCGGACCACAAGCUCAGGAGGCCACGGAUAUUAUCAAUGGCGCUUUCAACCCUUUGUCUUUGGCAACGGAUGCUGCGGGUCUCGCCCCGCCUAUUCCGUGUCCUGGGGGCAAAAUCUGUGGGAGAAAAUCCGGUGGUAGUAAACCUGGAAGUAAGCCUGAGCCUGAUAAAGCUCCUGCUCCACCGCCCAAACCAGAUCCGAAGCCACCUGCAGUGCCAGAUCCUAAGCCAACGGAUUCAGCCCUUGCACCAGGUGGAGGAGGGGCAAGACAAAAUCCAGGUGAUGCUCCAGGUCUAGAACUAGCACCACCAAAAGCAACAGCUCCCAGUUCGCCAAAUGGGAGCCCUGCUCCAUCUCCUCUGACCCCAUCUCCUCCUUCACCCCCAAGCCAGCCACCACCAAGUCAAUCUCCCGCCUCUCCAGCUCCUACGACCCCAACCGAAACACCUUCAAAAACAGACUUACCGAAAAACACGGGUACAUCUACAGCAGCAUCUGAAAAGACCGAUUCAGGAGAAUCGGAUUCUGCGGCCACGACGACAGAAGAACCUGAAUCUGAGGCUACUAAUGAUGCUGAGACUACUGAAGAUUCUGAACCGACUGAAGAUGAACCUACUGAUGAUUCUGAGUCUACUGAAAAUUCAGAGCCGACUGAAGAUUCCGAGCCUACAGAAGAUUCUGAGUCCACUGAAGACCCCGAACCUACCGAGACAGAACCCGAAGCGCCCACCAGCACAGUCGAUCCCGACUCUGAAGCUCAAACGACGGAGGAAGCUGCGGGCUCUGAAGAGUCAGUUACUACAACUGAAGAGUCAGAGCCAACCGAGACGGCAGAAGAACCUACCAAGCCUACGAAGAUAGGGAAACAUACUAAGGCUGCUAUGUCUACGACAGAAGAGGCUGAAAGUGAGCCGACCGAAAUGGUGGAAACCCCUGAGUCUCUAGAGGCAGAGAAACAUAUGGGUGAUUAG